UUGGCAUUGUGGGCAGAGAUGUUAAAACUGAAAUUUCCCUCUGCAGACCAGUUUCAUAGGAUUUGCAGUACAUAUGUUAUCCCAACCAUUGACAAAUUCUGGAGUGAUCAUCGUCAAGAGCUGUUGAAUGACUUCAAGGACAAAGAAGUUGUAGUUUUAGGUGAUGGCAGAAAUGAUUCACCAGGCCAUUGUGCACAGUAUUGUUCAUACACGUUAAUGGACAACGAGACCAAAAAAAUCCUGACCAUUGAAACCCUAGAUAAAAGGAUGACUGAUAGGAAGUCUGUCAACAUGGAAAAAGCAGGAUUUCAAAUCGCCCUCAACGACCUGUUAGAAAAAGAUAUAAAGGUGGUAGAGGUAGUGACUGAUGCACACCUGGGAAUUGGUUCAGUAAUGAAGAAAGAUUACCCAAAUAUACACCAUUCCCAUGAUAUAUGGCAUGUGGCAAAGAAUUUGGGGAAGAAGAUUUUGAAGGUGGCUCAGAAGAAGGGGAAUAACAUAUUAUUGGAUUGGUGUAAAGACAUCAUGAACCACUUUUGGUUUUCAUGUCGUCGUGCAGAGUCGUAUGAGGAAUUCAUGGGCAUAUGGCAAAGUGUAUUGCAGCACAUUACAGACACACAUGAGUGGAUUCUAUCUCAUGGGGGUGUUAACCACUGUCUUCAUGGAGAAUUAGGUGAAGAGGAAAGGACAAAACCAUGGUUGUCACCGACGAAGCAUGCCCAUGUCUUAAAAGACCUAGCAGCUGUGGUGUUAAACAAAAGACUUUUGAACAAUGUUGGAUACUAUUUGAGAUUCAGGUUUUAAGAUAAACCAAGGGUGUAAUGUCCUAAUAUCGGAAUGACCUGAUGACACGUCAUUACACCGACCCUUUAUAUCAGCUGUCUGGACCCCUCUACAAAUUGUCAAUGGAAAUCUCACUACCGUACACUAUCGAGACGAAAUUAUUCAUCGCCAUGUGAUACCCUUCAUACAGAGACAGCAAAAUCACAUCACUCUGCAGCAAGACAACGCAAGGCCACAUGUUGCACGUGUAGUCGGGGACUUUUUUGUUCAACAGAAUGUCUUGCCUUGGCCAGCUGUUUCCCCCGAUUUAUCACUGAUCGAGCAUGUCUGGGAUGAAAUGGAACGUCUACGCCUUUUACCAAAUCAGCCAGUGACAUUGGCUGAUUUAGGCCAGGCUUUAACCAAAAUCUGAAAUAACAUCCCUCAAGCAUUUCUGAACAUUUUCGUGGCAUCAAUGAGGUGCCGUUGUCAAGCAUGCGUGAAUGCAAAUGGUGGUCACAUGCGUUAUUAACUUUGUUAAUUCAAGUUCGAAUACCAGUGUCUUUCGAGUGUGCUGAAAUUGACGUUAUUCGACGUUAACAUUAAUGGAUUAUGAAAUGUUGUAACGAAUACAUUUGUUAACAGUAUUACAAGAAAUAAAAUUUGUUCAUUGUUA